UAGAUAACGAUUGUAUAUAUUUAGUUAUCAUUUCGAGGUACAAGUUUCACCAACCACGUACUUAUAGCAUGAAUAUGUUAACCACUACUGACAAAAUCGGGGUCCCAUAACACCGUUUGCAGAAAAUUCGUCGGAACGCAACGCAAUGGACGUGAAAGGGUUAAGAGACCGGCUUAAGAAUGGGGGUAACGUGGUUGUUGCGGAAGGAUAUCUUCUGGAGUUGGAGAGAAGAGGUCAUCUACAAGCCGGCGCUUUCAUCCCGGAAGUAGUGUUGGAACAUCCGGAAGUUGUCAAGGCUCUUCAUGAAGAAUUUGUACAUGCCGGAAGUGACGUUGUCGUAGCUUUCACAUAUUACGGACACCGGGCAAAACUGAAGGUCAUCGGUCGUGAGGAUGAUUUGAUGGAGCUGAAUUUACGCGCUCUAAAAAUGGCCAAAGAAGUGGCGGUCAAGACAGGAACACUGAUGGCGGGGGACAUCUGUAACACUACGAUAUACCACGGAGACGAUCCCAGCUCCGUGGAGGAAGUCCGGGAAAUAUUCCGUGAGCAAAUUGAGUGGGCUGUUCAGAGUGGGGCGGACUACAUCAUCGCGGAACGCUUCGAGGAGUUUGGAGAGGCAAAACUAGCACUGGAGUGCAUCCAACAGUUCGGAAACGGUCUGCCUGCAGUGGUGACAAUUGCACCACACGUAGAAGAUAAAACCAAAGACGGUUUGACGUUUCCGGAGGCCUGUAAGCGUUUGGAGGAGGCGGGGGCGGAUGUGGUGGGGUUGAACUGUUGUAGAGGACCCAGCACAAUGCUUCCUCUACUGAAAGAAAUAAAGAAAGUCUGCAAAGGACCUAUAGCAGCACUUCCGGUUCCUUUUCGAACGACAUCUGAAGAACCAACCAUGGAGGUGUUGACGGAUCCGGACACAGGUAUGCCAGCUUUUCCCGUUGAUCUCCCACGCUUUUUCUGUAGCAGGACCCAAAUUGCCGAAUUCGCGGCGCAGGCCAAAGAGAUAGGUGUCCAAUACAUCGGACUUUGUUGCGGGAACGCUUCACACUACACCCGGUUACUGGCGGAGGAAUACGGUAGAAAACCGCCCGCCAGUAAAUACGCCCCAGAUAUGUCUAAGCACUACAGAUUUGGGAACAAAGAGUUUGUGAAGAAGCAUCACACCCCCGGCCAGCAAGACUAGAUAGCAGAUACCACCUAGAGUCAUGUUAAUCAUACGAAAUUAAAUAAUUGAUAUAACGUCAAUUAUUUUACGUACUCGUAAGACUUUCACUGACGUUUUAGACCAGUUAAAUCAAAUUGAUGUAUUUCGUGUAUAACUCGCCUA